AAUUAUUAUGAUUUUAACUCCUUUUUAUAUUUCUUAUUCCAUUUUGUUAAUUCCAAAAUCUACUGCAGAUUUUCUGAAAUGAUUUGUUUCUGCCAAGAUUUUUGGUGGCUGGUCUUUGUUUGUUUAGGGAUUUCUUAUUUUCUUAGAUGGGUUCCUUCUGGUUGGUAGUAAAAUCAUUGAAAUAAUUGAAAACAUGUAGGAUUUCAAUUUCAGUAUUAUUGCAACUCCCAAUUUUGGCACAAUCGGUUGGGCAAUUGGCAGGAAGAGUCCCAGGCUCCAGUCUCCGAUGAACUCCCAAGUGCCCCCAAGUAGUAUCAUUUCGGAUUUUUGCACAGGAUUUGGUGUCAUAAACUCCAAGUAAUGGAAGGUGCAGGUUCAUUACCAAGUUGAAAUCCAGUUGCACACCAGAAGAUAUGCACCUAUUUGUGCUAAUGAUGGUGAAGCUAUUGAAGAAGGGGGCAUUAAUGAUGAUGCUCAUGGUCUUAGUUUUAAGAUAGCUUCCAAUGGUGAAGGGCAACAGGAAAAGUAGUGUGGGAGAGAAGUUAAACCAAUAUCCAUGCUUCCUACCUUUUGGAGAGUACCACUUUGCAUUAUAUAACUGGUCUUCUAGAUUUUUGAGACUUUGGUACUUGGUUCUACCUCUAUCGUAGAGUAGCAAAAUCCUUGCUGGUGGUUUUGCAUUGGAGCUUCCCACCUUCAUCCCCAAUUUCUGCAGUUAUGAUGAUGGAACUCCUGUAAACAUUGCAGCUGCUCAACCAAAAGCUAUAGGAAUCUCAGGACCUUCCAAGAAUAAUUAUGCUCAAGGAAAUGUGGUUUCACCAUUCAACAAAAUAGAGUCGGCUCAAUCAAGCUCAAAGCCAUUGUCCAUUCAAGGAUGGCAGGCAACCAUGGAGGAUGCUCAUGCUUCAUAUCCUGAUCUGGGUGCAACUACUUCCUUCUUUAGCAUAUCUGAUGGUGAUUGAGGUAAGAAUUGCAUGCCUCAAAUAAGGUAGCCUAAAAGAGACAAUGUAAAGAUUAGAUGGCUUGAGUGUUCAGUCUCUAACACUUGACUGAAUUAUAACAAGCAGGGCAGAUUCUGAUUGGAAGCAUUAAUAUGUAAAAACCAAGAGGAAGGACUGGGAAGUUUCAAUUGAUUUGGUUUCUAGGUGAAGCAUAGAUUUGAUUUUGUUACCCUUCGCAAAUUUUCAUGUACUGUUGUUAAUUUUCUUAGAAGCCCAACUGAAGUUAUUUUGUUGCUUGUCAUUAGAAAUUUAGGGUUUCGAAAUGAGGUUACCUUCAAAGUAUUUAAAAUGAGCAAAGAUGUAAUGAUGCUGGUAGUGAUUCUGAAAAUGAACAACCGAUGAUGGUAUGAUGAAAUGGGGAAGAGGAAAAUGCAAGUCUUGUAGAGGAAGAGUCCCGGGUUCCAGUCUCCGAUGAACUCCAAGUACUCCUAAAUAGUAUCAUUUCUGAUUUUGGUGUCAUAAACUCCAACUAGUUUCUUAUAAGUUCUGUUUUGGUUGAAGAACAGUCCUCCAAGUGCAAUAAAGCUUGUUACUAGAUCCAAAUUCAUAGGUUCAUUAGCGAAUUUAUGGGUUUGUGAUUCUGCAACGUUGAAAGCCAGUUGCACACCAAAAGAUAUGCUCCUGCUUGUGCUGAUGAUGGUAAAGCAAUUGAAGAAGGGGACACUGAUGAUGAUGCUAAUGGUGUUGAUUUUAAGAUUGCUUCUAAUGGUGAAAGGCAACAUGAAAAGGAGUGUGGAAGAGACGGUACCAAUAUUCAUGCUUUUCACCUUUAACAGUACUGCUUUGCAUUCUAUAACUGGUCUUCCAGGUGCAUAGAUUUUUCAAAUUUUAAUAAUGUUACCAUCUGAUUCUGCUUAUCAUUGAUUUUAAUCCUGCUGAUGGUCAUUUAGUUUGUUAUUAAACAUUGAUUUUAAUUCUGUUCUGGAUGGUGGAUGAGACCAUUCUGAGCUUCUUCAAUAACCAAAGUUGUGUUCGGAUAAAUGAUUUUGGUUUCUCCAUUUCUUCCUCUUCUUUGCUGCCCAAAAUUUAACCAAGAAACUGAAGCACACUUA